AUGGAAUCCUCAAGCCCAAACACUUCAAAUUCAAAGAGCAGCCUCAUCUCUCAUGAAGAAGACGCAAACAUAUUAUCAUUCCGCCGAAGAAACAAGAUCCUAAUCCUUUCACUACUCUUCCUAAUCAUCUUAUUAACACUAACCUUAUCCUUCUUAUUCAUCCGCUUCGUGCGCCCUAACGAUUCCUCGCCUCAUGAUAACCCUCGCAUCAAUCAAGCGCUGAGAGCAUUUUGCUACGCCAAUUCCGACGCUCCGCCGUGUUAUGGCGCCGUUCAGCCCCUCAUCCGCCACAAACUAGUCUCAGACCCGAAUCAGAUCUUCGGUCUCUCUCUCCAAGCAGCAGCAGUCGAUCUCCGGCGCUUGAUCGGUUCAAUUGCGCACAGCAACUGCUCCCAAUCGCUGCGCGAUGCGCUGGACCAGAUCCGGCGCCCUCUGGCCGCGAUCGAGGCCGAUCCGUUCGUGCAGACGAGGACCGACGAGCAGAGGGCGGAGAUGAUGAAGCGGAUCGCGGCGGCGGAGGAGGAUGUGGACACGUGUUUGGAUGAUUUGGGAAAAAUUGGAGCGGCGGCGGAGCUGGUGAAGGUGAAGGUGUACUUGAACGGCGCCGGAGAUUUUCUGAUCGACUACGCGAGGGCGGUGCGGAUGGCCGCGCGAUUGCAGAUGUUGGAGGCGUAUAACGAUGAUCGGUGGAGGAGGAUAAUCAUGACUGAUUAUGUGUUUCUGGGUGUAUGCCAAUGGGUUUUUGUUGUUGGAUUGUUUUGCGCUUUCUUUAGUAUUAAGCCUCGUCCUUAA